CGGCAACCGACCCGGGAAACGGCUGGCGUCUCUGCCGCGGGCGGGCGCGCGGGCGGGCGCCGCGGGACUCUCGGAUCCGGUGCGCGCGCGCUCGAGCUUGGGCCGGCGGCGACCCUUCUUCGAGAACUUCGGGGGGCCGAGAAACACGAGCCCGAGAUGGCGCUCCCCACGUUGCCCUCUUACUGGUGCAGCGGGAGACCCCUGGAUCAGCAGGUCGCACGCCAGCGCCAGCGAGAGCAGGAGGCCCAGCUUCGCCUGCAGUGGGAAGAGAACAGCCGUUAUUUCAGGAUUUCCGACAUCCACAGCUCCAAACAGGCCGAAUGGAGCUCCGAGACCUCCUAUCGGCGGAGCAUGCAUGCGUACCAGCGUGAGAAGCUGAAGGAGGAGAAGAGGAUGAGUCUGGAGGUCCGGCGUGAGAGACUCAGGCAGCUUGUGCUGGAGGAGCAGGACCUGCUGGCCGCUGAGCUGGAGGGGCUGAGGCUGAGCAUGAGCCUGCGGGAGCGAAGAAUCCGGGAACAGCACCGGGAUCUGAAGUCAGCCCGAGAGGAACAAAGGAAACUGAUUGCUGAACAACUUUUAUAUGAACACUGGAAAAAAAACAACCCCAAACUUCGAGAGAUUGAGUUGGACCUCCACAAGAAGCACGUGAUAGAUUCCUGGGCAACACAGAAAGAAGAAAAAAAACAGCAAGAAGCCACGGAGCAGCAGGAGAACAAGCGGUUGGAAAAUGAGUACGAAGCGGCGCGCAGGGAGGCGAUGGACCGGCUGCGAGCAGAGGCGGAGAGGAGGCAGCAGGAGGAUAAACUGCAGGCUGCGGCACUCUGCCAGCAGAUGGAGGAGCUCAAGCAGAAGGAGAUGGAGGCCACCAAGCUGAAGAAGGAGCAGGAGAACCUGCUCAAGCAGCACUGGGAGCUGGAGAAGCUGGAGGAGGAGAGGAAGCAGAUGGCCGCCCUCCGGCGCAAGGCGGAGCUGGGGCGCUUCCUGAGACGUCAGUACAAUGCACAGCUGCACAGGCGGACCCAGCAGAUCCAGGAGGAGCUGGAGGCAGACGGGCGGAUCCUGCAGGCGCUCCUGGAGAAGGAAGAUGAGCUGCAGCGUGUCGAGCUGGCCAGGCGGGAGCAGGCCCUGGCCGAUGCAGCCUGGAUGAAGCAGGUCAUCGAGGAGCAGCUGCAGCUCGAGAAAGCUCGGGAGGCAGAGCUGCAGCUGCUGCUGAGGGAGGAGGCCAAGGAGAUGUGGGAAAGGAGAGAAGCAGAGUGGGCUCGAGAGCAAAGUGCGAGGGACAGACUGAUGAAUGAGGUUCUCACAGGGAGGCAGCAGCAGAUACAAGAAAAGAUCGAACAGAACCGGAGGGCACAAGAGGAAACCCUAAAACACAGGGAAAAACUCAUCCAGAGUCUGGAGGAGGCAAAGCAGUCAGCUCAGCGUGCAAAGGAGGAGAGAGAGGAGCUGAAGUCAGCCAGAAAGCAGGAGCUGGAAGCCCAGGUUGCGGAGCGCCAGCUCCAGGCGUGGGAAGCAGCCCAGCAGGCGGAGGCGGAAGAGGAGGAGGUCCAGCGGGCAGAAGAGUUCUCUGAUGCUCUGUUGCAGCAGGAGGCGAAGACCAUGGCUGAGGGAGGCUACCGGCCCAAGCCUUAUGGACACCCCAAAAUUGCCUGGGACUGACGUUGAGCACAGAGAAGCAUGCCGGACUUGAUAGACAGCUUCAGACAUCUGCACAGUGCUUGUUCUGGCCAGGGCUCAGGGUGCUGUUGGGUAGUUUGGCCAUGGCUGUUCAGGCACAUCGUGGUCUAGC